AAAGAUUCUAUAACUGCUGUCCUCCCUCAAAAAAAUCAUUGACUGAUUUACCUUGUUACUCACCACAUCACUCUUUGAGCUGAUCGAACAACUAACAAGACGCCUUACUCGACCCACCCGUCGCAGUGGUGAUGACGUUAUACUUAUGUGUGGAUAUCACAAUGGAUUUAUUAUCACAGUCUCUCAGGCCCUGUUUGUCAGGCAAGUGACCAAAGCCAGAGAGAGUCAACCCAUUAGGCCACAUGAGCCUCUGUUAUCUUGCUCUGUCACCUGUUUCACGGUGCUCGUGUGCAAAUAACUAAAAGCAGAUGCCGCGAGAAAGCUGAAGAUCAAUGUGGAGAUGAGAGGAUGAAGACAGGCAUCGAACUCCAUCGACAAGAUGAGGACACUGGGUGGACCUGGGCUGCUGAUAUUUCUGUGGCAGAGUUUCUGGGCUUUGGACAUUCCUUUGGAAGACAACCCCCAACUAUCACGAAGCAGUCAAUGAUGGACCACAUUGUGGACCCCAAAGAAACAAUGGUCAUAGAGUGUGAAGCCAAAGGCAACCCUCAACCUAUUUUCUCCUGGAGGCGUAAUGGGAAGUAUUUCAAUGUGGCACGUGACUCCCAGGUCUCCAUGCGCAGGCGCUCAGGGACACUAGAUAUCUAUGCACGGAACAAUCCAGAACAGUACGAAGCUGAGUAUCAGUGCAUUGCCUCCAAUGAGUAUGGAUCUGCGUAUACCCACAAGAUCAGACUACAACUAUACAGAGCUCCAGUGUGGCCCCGAGAGAUUCUGGAGCCCGUGGUGGUCAGUGCUGGAAUGGCCCUGGUUCUGUCCUGUGACCCUCCGCCAGGCCCACCUAAACCUGAAACCUACUGGAUGUCCAGCUGCUCCUAUGCGAGACCUUUCAACUGGCCUAUUCAGACGGCCUUCCCCACCAUGCAGCCUGUGCGGCAGGACCGCAGGGUUUCGAUGGGCAUUGAUGGAGACCUGUACUUCUCUAAUGUGUGGUUUAAUGACUCUGCCACUGAUUACUGCUGUAAUGCUCGUUUCCCUUACAAGAAUGCCAUCCAGCAGAAAAUGCCCGUGGUUGUUAAGGUGCUUACAACUCAUGCAGUGGCUGAGGCUGCCCCCACCUGGCUGUCUCCCAAAGGCUCCUCCAGCUCCAAACUGGUCCUGCAAGGCGAGGAGCUCCUGCUUGAGUGUAUAGCUGCAGGACUGCCAACUCCUCGUGUUUCCUGGACAAAGGACGGCGAUUACCUUGAAGGCACAUCACGUGUGAAAGUAAAGAACUUCAACAAGAUGAUUCAAAUCGCAAAGGCAACUUUUGAAGAUGCCGGAGAAUACGUCUGCACUGCUAACAACAGGAUAGGCUACAUCGAGCACACAAUAACCGUCAGGGUCAAAGCGGCUCCUUUCUGGCUGGAAAAGCCCAGAGAUUUGAUUUUGGCCCCUGAGGAAAACGGCCGGUUGGUGUGUCGCUCUGAUGGAGCCCCACGUCCCACUAUCAGCUGGUUCAUCAACGGGGAACCAAUUGAGAACGCUACGCCGCAGGAAAACAGACAGGUAUCUGGAGAAACAAUAACCCUCCGCAGUGUGACGGCUGCCAACAAUGCUGUCUAUCAGUGCAAUGCCUCCAAUCAGUAUGGGUACCUACUGGCCAACGCAUUUGUCAAUGUUCUGCAUGCAACUCCACGCAUUAUCGGGCCCAGGAAUGAACUUUUGAAGGUGAUAGAGGGGCAUCGUGCCUUUUUAGACUGCCGCUACUUUGGUUCUCCUGUGCCGGAAUUGAGAUGGUCCAAAUAUGGACAAGGGACUCUGGAAGGGGGCCGUUUCAAGACCCACAGCAACGGGACCUUGGAGAUCAAACGCAUACAAAUGGAGGACCAGGGAACUUACCUGUGUGUGAUCAGCAACAUCGCCGGAAGAGAUGAGGAUCAAGUCCGUGUAGAGGUCAAAGAGCCAAUUAUAAUUGUCACAAGGCCGCAAAGUAUGAAAGUCAUACGUGGUAGCGAUGUACGACUGGAGUGUGGAGUAAAAGCUGAUGUCACCACUCCGGUCACAACAACAUGGAUGAAAAACAAAAAUCAAAUCAGCCUUGGCUGGAGAAUGUCUCUGGAUGAGUCGAAUCUAGUAAUUACUAACAUAAACAGAGGUGACGAGGGCAAUUAUACAUGCAUCAUCAAGAGUGAGCUGGACCAGAAGUCUGCCUCUGCACACCUAACAGUGAUGGACCGUCCGAAUCCCCCCACUGACUUGGAGCUUUCAGAUCCAUAUGAGCGUAGCGUGCGACUCAGUUGGGUUCCUGGAGACAGUAACCACAGUCCCAUAACGGAGUAUCUAGUGCAGUACGAUGAUGACGACUGGCUGCCUGGAAAAUGGAGAAAUCUCUCAGCGUAUCCAGGGAACCUCAACUCGGUCAUUUUGCACCUCACGCCUUUCACCUACUAUGAAUUCAGGGUCAUCGCAAUAAAUGAAAUUGGACCAAGUCGUCCAAGUCGUCCAUCAACCCGCUUUCAGACCAGCGGUGCACCCCCAGAUGUCAUCCCAAAGAAUGUGAAAGGAGUAGGUACAUGGAGAAAUAACAUGGAAAUCAGCUGGGAACCUCUGACCUAUAGGGAGUGGAACGGACCGCACCUGAAGUAUCUGGUGUGGUGGAGAAGGAGAAAUUCCAGAGAGGAGUGGAAGAACGCAACCACAAAGUGGCUGAAGUACUACAUCUACGACGCAGAUACCUUCACGCCCUAUGACAUCAAAGUCCAGGCUGUCAACGACUUCGGGCUGGGACCAGAGUCCCCAGUUGUUACUGGUUAUUCUGGUGAAGACCGUCCGAUAAUUGCGCCCCUGAACCUAAGAGUGUCCGACAUUGAAAGCACACAGGUUACUGUCCACUGGGACCCGGUGGCACGAGAAUCUAUCAUGGGAGAACUCAAAGAAUAUAAGGCCUACUAUUGGAGGGACAGCAGCCAGCUGAGGUGGCUGUGGGUCAACAGAGGCAUGAAGUCGAAAGCAUUUCCAAACGAUGAUCCAGAACCGUCCGGUGUCCUCAGUGGGCUCAUCCCGUACAGCAACUACAAGAUGUAUAUCCUUGUGGCAAAUAAUCGAUAUGAAGGGCCACCCAGCAAUAAUAUACACUUCUCAACACCUGAAGGAGUACCAUCUGCUCCCAAAUCCUUCAGGAUCCAACAGCGACAUCUGGACAGUAUUUAUGUCGACUGGGACGUGCCAGCAGAGCCCAACGGUAUCCUCACAGGGUACUCACUUAAGUACCAGACAGUGAAUGCCACCAGGGGAGAGGAGAUGAGAGUUGAGGAGUUCCCACCAAACGUAACAAGCUUCUCAAUCCGCCGAUAUGACCGCUACACACGCUACAGAUUCUCUGUGGCAGCACGAACUCGGCUCGGACUAGGGGAAUGGCAUACAGAGGAGUCACCCCAUUACACCACAGAAACGUAUGCUCAAGACCAGGUGGACAUCACCACUCAGGGUUGGUUCAUUGGGAUAAUGUGUGCUGUGGCUCUCAUCGUGCUCAUCCUUCUCAUAGUCUGCUUCAUCAAGAGGAGCCGGGGAGGCAAAUACCCAGUACGGGAGAAAAAGGACAUUUCACUGGAGCCGGUGGAUGAAAAAGAUCAGGAGGGGUCAUUUGAUUAUCGGAUAGCACGGGUUGCUACCCUGCCCUAUCCUCGGAGAGAGGAGGAGAGGGGCCUUCAAAGGGCCCAGCCAUCCGUGGAAGCAAUGAUGAAGCGAUUAGACAGUGAUGACAGUCUGGUGGAAUAUGGAGAAGGAGGGGAGAUCCCCUUCAAUGAGGAUGGCUCAUUCAUUGGCCAGUACACAGGGACCAGGAGAGAUGUCAGGGAAAUAGACUUUGGUGGAAGUCUUGAGCUUCACUCUCCGAUGAAUACCAUUUAUUCCCUGGCUUAAAGUUCAAAAUUCAAAUCCCUUUCCUUUUCCUUAUCUCAACUCUCUGACUCGAUACUUCGCCAUGCUUGCACUCUCCACAGUGAAUUAUGAACCUGGAGAAACCAAAAGCUCCUUGACUUGUUUCAGGUUGGGAUGAAGACUGUUGAAGAAACAGCUGCUAUGAUAGCCCUCCGUAUCCUUGAGGACUACUCAGCAUUCGUGCAUAUAGAGCGGAAAACACUAAAGUUGGAUCAUCUGAAAAGCUUAUCCAGCAAAAGAAGUGUCUUGUGUUUUGUACAUCCUAUGUCUAUGGAUUAUAUCUUCACAUUUGCAUAAUAUAAAAUUAUUCUGACAAUAGACAGACAUUGAAGAAGAUCCGUUUAUCAUGUUGAUAAGAGCAGUUGCCAGACCUACUUACAAGCUUUUUUUCCCUUCUAAUUCCAAUAAUCGUACAGAUGGUGCUUCAUUUUGACCACCUUCUGAACUGUAAAAAAUAUUAUCCAUGCCUGAAAAAUUCAAUGGAUUGUAUAUAAGUUCACCAUCAAGUUUCAAGAAAUUUAGCAUAGUGUUGUUUUUCUGAAGAAAUAAUAAUCCAAAUCAUUUAAGGGAAUCAGCAAACCCAUUUCAAAUAAGCUGUAAAAUCUUAUUUUAUUUUAUGAACCGGUCUCCGUUUUGCACUCACAUUUUGGAUCAUU